CUCCAAUUGCCAGGGGGCGAUACUGUGCACGACGUCCGGUUGUAACAUAAAAAAAAGAAGCAGCGCUCGUCGCUCCAAUCAGACCCAUUGGCAACAAUGGAUCAGAAGAUUCCCUAUGAUGACUACCAGUUGCCAGUGGUCUUCCUGCCCUCUUAUGAGAACCCACCAGCCUGGGUUCCUCCUCAAGAGCGAGUCCAACACCCCGACUACAACAACGAGCUGACCCAGUUCCUCCCUCGCACCGUGGUCUUGAAGAAACCUCCGGGAGCGCAGCUGGGCUUCAACAUUCGCGGCGGCAAGGCCUCACAGCUGGGAAUCUUCAUAUCCAAGGUGGUUCCGGACUCUGACGCCCACCGAGCAGGACUACAGGAAGGAGACCAAGUUCUUUCGGUCAACGAGGUGGAUUUCCAAGACAUAGAACAUUCCAGAGCUGUGGAUAUUCUAAAGACUGCACGAGAAAUCCUGAUGAGGGUCCGCUUCUUCCCUUACAACUACCAGAGGCAGAAGGAGAGGACUGUCCACUAGGUGGCAUCAGAGAAACAAGGAAGAAGGACUGAGGCAGGGACACCCCCCCCCCCCCCCUAAAUGCAGCUCAUUUGCAUCUAUGAAUACAAAUGAAUCUAUGUAGUCAAAGAGCGUCACUUUAACAAAGCUUUUAAGUGGAAGAAGUUAGAAUUUUUCGACUAGCCCAUAUGAGCGGAAAUACCUGAUAAUCUAUGUAGAAAGGCUUGUGUGUGAAAUGUAAAUAUUAUGGUCAUGUGCACACAAAAAUAGAUCUUAAAAAUAAAUCAGGAGCUUUCUGUGAAAGUGAACUAAUCCAAUAUAUCAAGCGCAUUGCUCUUCUACAUGCAGUUUUUACUUAUUGUAAAUAGAUGACAGCCUUAUGACAUUAUUGUCAAUAUUUAUGAAUUGUCAUGUUUGAUUUGAUUGAUGGGCGACCGGUUAGCAUAUCUGCCUCACAGUUCUGAUGACCGGGGUUCAAAUCCCGGCCCCGCCUGUUUGAAGUUUGCAUGUUUUCCCGUGCCUGCGUGGGUUUUCUCCGGGUACUCCGGUUUCCUCCCACAUCCCAAAAACAUGUGAGGUAGGUUAAUUGAAGACUCUCAAUUGCCUGUAGUUGUGAAUGUGAAUGGUUGUUUGUUUAUCUGUGCCCUGCGAUUGGCUGGUGACCAGUUCAGGGUGUACCUUGCCUGUUGCCCGAAGAUAGCUGGGAUAGGCUCCAGCCCGCCCGCAACCCUAGUGAAGAGAAGCGGUACGGGAAAUGGAUGGAUGGAUGGAUUUGAUUGAUAUUGUAAAGUGUAUUUUUAUCAGAUUCAAUCAUUCUGUUGCUGUACCACCAUUUCUUGCUUGAUCCUGUCUUUACUCUCUUUUCGUCACUGUCAUGAUUUUACCUUGUUAUAUUACACUUAAAAAUAAAAAUGAAAUCGUUUUUUUUUCA